AAGCAAGUCUCGAAAGAUAGAGAGAGAGAGAUGGAGAGAAAUAGAGAAGCUCGAAGAGUGCCCAUGGCGGCCGCCGGUAAUGGCUUCUCUACUAGACGGAGACAUAGAGCCGGAAGUUUCAGAGACUCUCCAGAGGAGGAUAUUCCGGUGGAGUAUACGGAGACAACGAGGUUAAGAGAUCGAGGAACGAGUUCUAAGAAGGAUCGAGAUCGAGAAAGGGAGAAGGGGAGAGAUCGGUUAAAUAGCCGGAGUAAAAGGAGAAGACGAGAACGAGGUAAUAUAGACGACGACGGCGGAGAAGACGACGACGACGAUACCUCCGAGGAGAUUGUUAACGAUGAUGAAGAAUACGACGACGGCGGUGAAGCGAUGAAGAUGAUUCCACCGGCUAUGACGAAUCAUCAGAGGAAGAGUUUUCCUCAGAGUAAAGCUUUCAGAUCGUCUCCUUCUCCGACGCCAUCGUCUCCUAUUGUAUCUUCAUGGAAAGCCGCCGACGAAAUGAUCGGUGUGUCGAUUCCUAGAAAAGCCCGGUCAGCAUGUACUAAGAGACCGCAUGAGUCUUGGACUAGCGGCGGUGGAGUUUUCACUUCCGGUGAGAAAAUUCACCGGCAAAUAUCGAGUCCGGCUUCUAUGUUAGCUUCUCCAUCACUACCAGCUCCUCUGUCUCCAUCUUCCUCCAACGUUUUAGUCCGGAAGAAGAUGACUCCUGGACCAAAACCGAAGCCGCUUCCGCCAAAAUCUCCGGUGGCGGUACAAGACGAAAUCGAGAUCGAGAUCGCUGAGGUUUUAUACGGAAUGAUGAGACAACCUCAAGGACCACCAGCUAAGCAAGACGCCGCCGCGAAUGAUUCCGGUGAGACGAGUAAACCAGCUGUAGAAGAGAAGUCGGUCUUCAACUCGCAGAUUGCUACUCCAUCAGCAGCAAAUGCAAAUUCGGCGAUCGCUCCUAAGAGGAAGAGGCCGCGAGUAGUUAGAUACGAAGACGAUACAGUUGUUUCCACAACCGUAAAGGCAGCGGAAGACGAAGUCUCUUUAAGAUUUACCGGAGAGAACCUCUCCUCAACGAAUCUGCAACCGUCGACGUCAUUAGAUUUGAGCUCCGCCGCGGAGAAGAAAGAAAAUGGUAUCUCCAAAGAGGGAAAAGUAUCACCGGAAAUGGAAUCUUCGUCUGGGAUAAGAUCUGAUGUGACUAAAGCGAGUUUGCCUACACCGGAAAUGGAGAAGAUUGAGAUAAAUCUGAUGACGCCAUCGGAAAAGAGAUCGUCACCGGCGAGAGAUGGUGGUAUUGAAUGUGUGGUGGUGACAGAACCUAAAGUCACGAUUAUAGAAUCGGAAACAAAGCCUCUCUUAGAAGAUGUGAGCAAAGAUCUGAGUUUGAAGUCUGAAGAAGGUAGAGAUCAAAGAUCUGAAGCAGAAGAUGAACUUCAAAAAUCUGAUAGAAACUGUCAACUUAAGCUCGAUCUUGAGAAACCUGACCCAGAAAACAAGCAAUCUGGUUCUGAUAGACCAGCUGAAGCUAUUAAUUUGUCUCUGCAUAUGUCAAUACCAAGCUGGUCUGGAGGGAUUCCUACAAUGGGAUACCUGGGGGGACCUACACAUGGUGUUAUGCCGACAGAUACCAACUCUUUAUUACCGUCCACAACCAUGCAGCCUCCGCAUUUGUUAUUUAACCAACCAAGGCCAAAGAGAUGUGCAACUCACUGUUAUAUCGCUAGGAAUAUCCAUUAUCACCAGCAAUUCACGAAAAUAAAUCCCUUCUGGCCUGCAACAGCAGGAUCGGUACCGUUGUACGGGUCAAAUGCCUGCAAUCUUAGUCUCAUGCCUUCUGGUGAGCUACAAGGGAGUGUUCUGAGCAGAAGUCCAAACACUGUACCCGAGCAGAACUCUCUUGCUGCAACUAACAGCUCAGAUACAGCCCAACGGAAGCAAAUCUUACUCCAGCAAGCUCUGCCUGCAGGAGCCAGUAACAACAUCAUGCAUGGCCCGGCAUUUAUUUUCCCAUUGGGCCAACAGCCUCCUGCAGCCGCUGCGAUAGCUGCCGCUUCUGUCAGGCCUCCUUACACCAACAACGCCGUUGUUUCAUCUGGUGCAAUGGCUGCUUCAGCAUCCGUGAAUGGUCCUCCGUCAGCAGCACCAGCAGCUGCUACAGCAAUGAGCUUCAGCUACCCAAAUAUGCCCACCAAUGAAACUCAGUACGUGGCUAUCUUGCAGAAUAAUGGGUAUCCAUUUCCAGUCCCGACACAUGUUGGCCCACCACCUGCUUAUAGAGGAGGUCCACAGUCCACAUCUUCCGCCACAACAGCAACCUGGUCAAGGGCAACAGACCCAUGCUCCCAGCAACCAGAACACAAAUGCUUCCACUGGUUCCGCGGCUGCACAAAAGCUUCUCCAGAACCAACAACGAAGGCCACCAGUAAAUUCACAAGGGUUUCCUACUCAGAAAGUUCAGCACAGGCAGCAUCCCAGGGAAAACGCAACUCAACAUAGUGAAACUGCAAGAGAAGCCAGCCCAUCCACUACUGACAGCCGAGCCUCUCGUUCUAAUGUUUCAUAUGGCCAAAAGUUUGCUUUGCCGAUGCAGCCAACUAAAAUGGGUUUGAUGGGUUCUGCAGCCUCAGGUGGUGGAGUGCUUGGUUCCUCUAACAAUCAUAGUGAAAGGCCACCAGAAAAGCAGGGAUCAAAGGUGGGUGCGGAAUCUAUUCAGUCGCAGCCUUAUGCAAUGACCUUUGCGGCGUUCAACGGAGGUCUGAACAUGCCAUCUACGGCUCAAAAUCAUGCUAUACUCCAUGGCGUUCCAGAAGCAGCAAGGCAAGGGUAUCAUCAGAUGAUGGCAGCUGCUGCGGCUUCUCAAUCAUCUAACCAUAAAAUGACUAAUUGUGGUCCGGAAGAUGGGAAAUCAGGGUCUAAUGCUUCUGCUAAUGCCACAGAAGUACGGAAGACAACAGGGUCAAAUGGGAAAACAGCAACUGCAGGUGUUGGGCAGUCUGUUGCUUUCUCUGGCAAACAAGAUUCGGUUGAUGCAUCUGCUUAUGCGGUAACAGGUGGGGCAAUCACUGAUAGCUCAGCUCGGGUGCUCAACCUCGGCUCUGCUCAGCCCUGGAGUUCCAGUUCUGCACCGACCUCUCACCAGCAGCAACAUAUGCAGCGAAAUCAACCUCAGCAGCAGCAGUAUAGCAAUUAUCUCCAGAUGCAACAACAGUAUGCCGUUGCUGCUGCUAGAGGCAAAGGGCCAGUGAUGAGUAACGGGAGUGGUUUCCUGGAUCAUAAUAUUAACACCGCGCCUUCGGUGGUAUCCAAUAACCCUAAUGCUACGUCAGGGUUUCCUCAGAAUCUUGUUCAAUCCGGCAAUGGUAGUCCGGCUCAGUCUCCUCAGUGGAAGAACAAUUCACCCAGAGCUCAGUCUCCUUCCAUAUUGUCACCAUCUGUGUCUUCGUCACUUAAAAACGUACAGCAGAAACAGCAAGGUCGACCCCACCAAUCACAUAUAUCUUUUGCAGCAGCAAACUCUAAAACUCUGCCUUCUAAUUCUCCGAUGCAGCAAGGAGCGGGUAGUAACCGGGCUCCAUCACCCACUGCGUCUUCUGUCUCCAAAAAUGCCGGAGCAAUCCCAAGAACAACUGCCCCAACCUCAAUCGCAAACAGAGCUGGACAUGGUGAAGCUUCCUCCUCUUCUCUGCCUUCAUCUCAACCAUCCAAGCACUCACAGUCGGCAUCAUUUACAGGUGGAAGGAACAAUGGGCCGUCUAUUCUCGGAAAUCCUCACGUUACUACCACCACCUCAAAUCCUACUUAUAAGUCUCAACAACAACAACAACAACAACACCUGCAACAAGCUCAGCUUUACUUCUCAAGCCCAUAUAUGCAAGCUCAACAUCAUCAUCAGCAGAAACAACAGAUGAAUAUGUCUUCUCUUAGUGGCUAUUACAUCCAAAGACAGCAACAACAGCAACAAGCAGGAUCAUCAGCUGCUACCCCAUCUGUUACCCUAUCUAGCUGCACCACUGUCACUUCAGAUCCGGCAAAAGCUAUUAAUAUGAAGGGUGGAGGGAGCAACAUCAACUUGCAGCAUACACAGACUGCAGAGAAGACGCAUCAUCAUCAUCCGCAGCAAGUCCCUCCAGGAUUUCCAUACGUCCACGCGGGUCAAGUGAAACCUGGAGAUCAGAAGCAACAAGCGGGUGAGUGAAACUUAAAAACCCAUUCGAUGCUGAUGUGGGAGUUUUCCUCACGCUUGUUGAUUCCUCUAAAUCCCGUGGCGCUGAGGGACGGUAGACUUUGAACAGUGUGAGGUCCUAAGAAACUGGUUAAGUGUUAAUGACGGAUCAGAAGAGAAACAAACACCCCCAAACUCACUAACCAGUGAGAGAGGAGAGAGACCUUUACAGGGAUGGUCUUGGUGUUUUAAGAACUGUAUUCCAACCAAGUUAGUGUUAUUUUCUGACAAUCCUCGAGCAAGUAGAGAGAAUAGAUCAUUCAAGGUUAGCUUUAAGAAUUUUAUUCAUUUCUUAUUGGGAGUAGGGUUGUUUUUGAUUGAAUUAAAAGAACGGGUAGCCCAAAGGAAGAAAGGCAGAACUGUUGCUGUUUGGUAAUGGUAGCUUAGACUUUUAUUCUAUUGAGUAGAAAAGAAAAGGAACCAUUUUUGUGUCAAGAUGAUGGAGAAGUAAAUGCAUGUGUGUAAUCUGUAUGUACAUGUGGUUUGGCUAGAAAGUAAAUAUAAAGAAUGUGUUUAGUUUAUUAUUGGCUAGUUCUGUUUUUUGCUUUUGUGAAUGUGAAUGUGAUUGUGAUUGUGA